AUGCAGACGAUUAAAUGUGUUGUCGUCGGAGAUGGAGCCGUCGGUAAGACGUGCCUCCUGAUCAGCUACACGACAAACAAGUUUCCGUCUGAGUACGUGCCGACCGUUUUCGACAAUUACGCCGUGAGUUUUUCGAAAGAAACAAAGCAUCAGAAACCCAGAAGUGUUUCAGGUGACGGUGAUGAUUGGCGGCGAGCCGUACACUCUAGGAUUGUUCGACACCGCCGGACAGGAAGAUUACGAUCGAUUAAGGCCGCUCUCGUACCCGCAGACGGACGUAUUCCUUGUGUGCUUCUCCGUCGUCGCCCCAGCUUCCUUCGAGAACGUCCGAGAAAAGGUACAAAACUAGAAUAUCUUCUCUGUAAUCACGUAUUGUUACAGUGGGUGCCGGAGAUUUCCCAUCACUGCUCGAAGACGCCGUUCCUGUUGGUCGGAACCCAGGUUGAUCUACGAGACGAUCCAGGAAUGCUCGAAAAGCUGGCGAAGAACAAGCAGAAGCCAGUGUCGACCGACGUCGGAGAGAAGCUGGCGAAGGAAUUGAAGGCGGUCAAAUACGUCGAGUGCUCCGCGUUGACGCAAGUGAGUCAUUCAUUGAAAACAAGCGGGAACCAGUUCUUUCUCACUUCCUGAUAAAAAAUGAAUAAGAUAAAGUCUGAAAAUGCAUAAUGAUUGUUAAUUUCUGCAGAAAGGCCUAAAGAACGUCUUCGACGAGGCAAUUCUUGCCGCUCUGGAUCCACCACAACAGGAGAAGAAGAAGAAGUGCACCAUUCUCUAA